UCCAUUAUCUGUAGCCCGUUUAAGUUUUGUGUGUCGUAGAGAGCGCAUCUAUCGAUCAGUACGAGCGGACGGCAGGCAUCCUUUUGGGAUUAAAAUCAGAAACCGCGUUUUUUUCUAAGUCCAUUCCGAGAGUGGACGUCAACUAUAGGAGAAAACAGAAGACCCAAAGAAACAAAAUAACCAUCGCUUUUUAAGCGAAGACCCUUGUCUGGGAACCUCUUUGAAGACCCAGGAAACAUGGACAGAUUUUAUGACCAGCAAGUUCCAUUUAUGGUUCCACAUAAUAAAUCAUUACAAGUGGAGGAACCAUAUACCAGACCAGUGAAUGACAGAAAAAGAAAGUUGGUGGAGACUGAACUCGCUCAGGACACAGAGGAACUUUUCCAGGACCUCAGCCAGCUGCAGGAGAUCUGGAUCGCAGAAGCUCAGGUGCCCGAUGAUGAACAGUUUGUCCCAGAUUUCCAGUCAGAGAGCUUGAUGUUCCAUGGUCCACCACUGACCAAGAUCAAACGGGAAUCGAGUCCUUCCAAAGAGCUCUCGCCCUGUAACCAGGAUAGAAGUCCCAUGCCAUAUGGAGAGAAGUGCCUUUACAGCUACAGUGCCUAUGAAAGGAAGCCCACAGCUGGGUUCAAGCCAUUGACUCCUCCCUCAACACCUGUCUCACCAUGUGGCUCCACCAACACCCUUGGGACAUGCCCCCUGCAUGAACAGACCCCUCCCCCUGUUGCUAACACAACGAUAGGGCAACUUCUGCAUCAUGGGCAGCCUUCAUUGAACAACUCUACACCAAGCCAGCCAGUACUCACUCGCCAAAGCCCUCCUUUCGCGCUACCCUGUCCACCCCUGAACCGUGAUGUUCACUUCAAUAAUGAACCUCGGUUUCAGCGGCAACUUUCAGAGCCUUGCCUUCCAUUCCCAUCUUCUGAUACACAAGGAAGACCCAACUUCAUGCCACAGGUCCUCAGUAAUUCACCUAGAGAUGGAAGGCCAGCUUACCAUCGGCAAAUGUCAGAACCUGUGGUUCCCGUGCCUCCUCAGGGUUUUAAGCAGGAGCUCCUUGACCCCCGUUAUGCUGAACAAGGUGUCCCCAACAUGGGCCCAUCCCAGACUACCUUCCACUCAAUGGCAAUCAAGAAAGAGCCUCGAGAUUUUUGCUUUGACUCUGAAGUGCCUAAGUGUCAAUCUUCAUUUGGGAGGGCAGCAAGCUUCUACCAAAACCAUGAAAACUUUGCAUUUGACCGAGAUCAGCAAUUGUAUUACGAUGACACCUGUGUGGUUCCAGAGAGACUUGAAGGCAAGGUAAAGCAAGAGUCCUCUGUGUAUCGUGAUGGUCCACCUUACCAGCGCCGUGGCUCCCUCCAGCUUUGGCAGUUCUUGGUCACGCUCCUGGAUGAUCCUGCCAAUGGGCAUUUCAUUGCCUGGACAGGACGUGGAAUGGAGUUCAAACUUAUUGAGCCAGAGGAGGUGGCCCGACGCUGGGGCAUCCAAAAGAACAGGCCAGCCAUGAACUAUGACAAGCUGAGUCGCUCACUGCGCUACUAUUAUGAGAAAGGGAUCAUGCAGAAGGUUGCUGGUGAGAGAUAUGUGUACAAAUUUGUGUGUGAUCCAGAGGCCCUAUUCUCCAUGGCGUUCCCAGACAACCAGCGGCCCAACCUUAAAGCAGACCCCGAUGGCCUGCCUGGAGUUGAUGACGACACCCUUCCAUUGACACAUUAUGAUGAGGCUUCUUACUUGGUAGACGGUGGAGAGCAGUGUGUUGCUGGGAUGUCUUUUCCUGAUGUUUAUGUGUACUGACCUGCAACUCUGAGAGCCUGACCAGAACACAUCUGUCCCCAUUACCAGAAAUCCUUCAGAUCCGAUGCCCACUUCCAGAUUAACCCUAGUAUAAAAUAAAAUGAGGAGAAAUCUGCAAGCCACCUUUUCUCUCACGUCCAUCCAUGAGAAGGGUGUCAAGGAGGUGAGGAAAGGAUGGUUCCUAGUGCAUAAACCUUCCUUGUGGCAAACAGUCACUGCCGCAGAGAAGAGGAGGUUACACUGGAGCUGACUGGUGCUGAAAGACUGACAGAUCUCAUUGCAAGAAUUGUAGCAAUUCUGUUUUUGACAAUCUUUUUUUAAAAGAAAUUGGUUACAAAUUAUUAAGAGACAUCCUAGCAAAACCCUUAAAUUCAGCACUAUUUAAUAGUUGCUUUUUUGGUCCCAAUUAAUUUUGUGUUACUUCCAAAUCAUGUAGAUAAGAAGUCAAAAGGGCUUUGUUUUGCAAGGUGAAAAAAUAAAUACUUGUUUCAUCCAACUUGAGACUAUAUAGAAAGCUGGCUUUUAUACAACAAUUUUUGUUAUACUUGAUGUGGACAGAUUUAAUUAUGCUGAGGAUUCCUACAGAUCAAUGCUUUCAUUUUUUUCUCAUUGGUUUGGUUUUGUUCUGAAUCGUUUGUCAAAUGUUGUUUUUAUAUUAACUCUUAUUUUCAUGCUGGUUAACCCAAGAGUUGUUAAUGUGUACCUAAGUUAAACCAGAGGCACUCCUUUUUUCUUUUUUAGUCGAUUGCACGGGACUGUUAACCCAUCUUAAAUGUAUUUCCGUAUGCCUAUUGCUAUUUAUUAAAAAAAAAGAAAAA